GCUCCCUAAGAAUCCUAGGAAGAAACCUAGAGAGGCUCUGAGUGGUGGCCUGUCCUCUUCUGGCUUUGCCAUGUGAACGUUUUAAGAGAAUGUUUUCAAGUGAACGACAUGAAGAGUAUGACUCCAACAUGAUGAUCCUAUGUAAAUGUGUGUUUUGGUCAGCAGAUGUCUGGAUGCAAGAUAGGCCCUCUUCCCCUGCCUCUGAGGAUGAAGAUCUUAUGCCAGGAUUUGACCUGCAGUCCCUUCUGGAAGAUUUGAAUCAAACUUUGGAAAGCGAUAGCAUGCUGACAACCAAUGUCAGGGCAGAUGAGCAGACAAAGACCCUGAUGCAUUGGAGAGAUCUUGACCUGGAGACACUUCUAGAAAAUGUGGAUGCCCCUUUAACCCCCAACCCUAAAAAUUUUGACCUGGAGACCAUUGUGGACAAUGGGGAUGAUCAUGUUAAAUUAAAUGAUUUCGACUUAGAAACCCUUCUGGAUAAUGUGUGUAAUAACAUGGAAUUCAACGACAGGCUGUUUGAGCUGGGCUUUGAGGCUGACACACAGAUUGGCGAGGCUCUCAAGUUGUCGAACCCUGUCGAACCCGAGGCCAAGAAAAAGAUCUGCAAGCGACGUGGAGAGAUCCGUACGGAUUGUGACAGACAGAGCAAGAGGGGGAAGAGGAGAGCGAAGACGAAGGAAUCCCGGGUCAACAGCUGUGCUGGCUCGCCUCCCAUCCAGGCCACCAUGGUUACAAGCCCUCAUCCUUCCGGGCUCUUUCAGGUCACCUCAUCCCCUACUUCAUCCCUCCAGCCUUCAAUCACACCAUCCCUCCAUCCCACUGUGUUUCACAUUACUCAGCUGGGUCCAGCCUUCAGCCUCUCCCCUACUGUAUUCAGCUCCUCAGGACAACACACAUACCUACUAGUGUCAUCCCUGGUCCCCCAAAGCCACAACAUCCUUCCUCUCUGCCCAGUUGACAGUGCAGUAGCUCCAGACUCGAUGUGCUCAUCCCCCCCUGGUUCUCGAUCUGACUGCGCCAGCAUGUCUCCCCAAGUCAUGUCUCCCCCCUCUGCCUCCCCUAUCUCCCCCAAGACAGACUGUGUUGCAGAUUACAUACUCCAAACCAAGGCGUACAUCAAGACACUGUACCAGGAGAUAGAGGCGGGCCGUAGCCUGGAAACCCACUAUAUUGAUGUCCGAUUGGUCCAGAGGCAGAUCCUGAUUGGCUCAGGAAAGAAUGCCAGCAAGUGCCUGGAGAAGGAGCUGGUUGUCUUAGGAGACACAGAAAGGAGGUGGAGCUCGUUGUCCAGGAGUCAGAUGUUCCAGAGCUCGGCAGGGGCGAAACCCAAGCAAUCCAUUGUGUUGCUAGGAAAUGCUGGAAUGGGCAAGACCACACUCAUCAAAAAGCUCUGCCUGGAUUGGUCCGACGGCUUCCUGCCUCAGUUUGACUUUGUAUUCCUAUUGGACGGUAAGGCACUGACCCUCCCCCAUGAGCGGACCUACAGCCUUCAGUCCCUCCUCCUACGCCUCUCCUCCUCCGCCCUCCCCACUCCAUGUGCCCGACCCCAUGCAGUCUUCAGUCGGGUGCUCUCCGCCCCGGAGCGCGUGCUGGUGAUAUUCGACGGCUUUGAGGCGGUGCGUGACUUGGAGGGCCUGACGCAAUGCCCAGCGGUGGAAUGUAGGGGGCAGAAUUACAACAUCAGACAGCUGUUCUCUGGCCUGCUCCAGAGGAAGCUCUUACCAGGAUGCUCUCUCCUGCUUUCUGCUCGACCGCAGGGCACUGUGAGUGGUCUGCUGAGACGGGCUGACAGCCUCCUGGAGCUGCUGGGCUUCUCCCCUCACGACAUAGAGAGAUACUUUGGACUGUACUUUUCUGGAAGACACUCACUACGGACCCCAGUUCCAUCCUCAACUUCGACUCGAGACACAGUUCCAUCCUCAACUUCGACUCUAGACACAGUUCCAUCCUCAACUUCGACUCGAGACACAGUUCCAUCCUCAACUUCGACUAUAGUCACAGUUCCAUCCUCAACUUCGACUCGAGACACAGUUCCAUCCUUAACUUCGACUCGAGACACAGUUCCAUUCUCAACUUCGACUCGAGACACAGUUCCAUCCUCAACUUCGACUCGAGACACAGUUCCAUCCUCAACUUCGACUCUAGACACAGUUCCAUCCUCAACUUCGACUCGAGACACAGUUCCAUCCUCAACUUCGACUCGAGACACAGUUCCAUCCUCAACUUCGACUCGAGACACAGUUCCAUCCUCAACUUCGACUCGAGACACAGUUCCAUCCUCAACUUCGACUCGAGACACAGUUCCAUCCUCAACUUCGACUCGAGACACAGUUCCAUCCUCAACUUCGACUCGAGACACAGUUCCAUCCUCAACUUCGACUCUAGACACAGUUCCAUCCUCAGCUUCGACUCUAGACACAGUUCCAUCCUCAACUUCGACUCCAGCCACACUCCAGGCCGUAAACACUGUUCUAGACACAGUUAUGGCCAGGCUCCACAACCACUCAUACUUGAUGUCUCUGUGUUGGAACCCAGCUCUUUGUCACAUGGUGUGUCUGCUUCUAGAACACUGGGAUGGUUCCAAGCCCCUCCCCUCAACUCUGACGGGAUUGUGUCAUACAGUGCUGGGACUAAUGAUAAGACACAGCCCCAAAAACAGCCCCCCACACACACAAAAAGAACUUCACAGCCCUAAACACACACGCCCACAGACAGAAAAUGAACCUCACAGCCCCGAACACACACACACACAGAAAGAAGCACACAGCCCCGAACACACACACGCACAGAAAGAAGCACACAGCCCCGAACACACACACGCACAGAAAGAGUCUCACAGCCCUGAACAAACACACACACAUAAAGAACCACACAGCCCCGAACACAUAGACACCCAGACAUACAAUCACAGCCGUGAACACACACUCAGUCAAAGAGAAACACAAACACACACAAGGACAGACACUCAGACCCACGCUAACACCCCUGAAGAGGGUCAGAAACGUAGACUUAAACCAACAAACGGCCACACAGUAACCCACAUGCGCACGCGCUCACACACCCAAACCCAGACUACAUCGGCAGAGGAGAAGAGGAAGGAAGAGGAUGAACGUGGCAGACAUGUUCUGUCUGGGUUGAAUGAUGUGGCCUGGGAUGGGGUUAAAGGUCAUUCCUCUCUCCUGAACCUAACCCGACACAACCCCAUGUACGUUCAGCUGCAGGAGUUUGGCCUUACGACUGGCCUGCUACAUUCCUAUUGGCUGAGAGGGUGGCAGGGAGGUGACUGUGGCAGUGAUGAUAGCAGUUGUGACAACAUCCUGUCGUGGGGCAGUCCCUACCUGCAGAGCUUCCUGGGCGGGGCUCACCUGUCCCUGUCCAAGUGUGUGUCUGACCGUGCCCUCAUCUCCCAGAUACUACCCCAGUCCAGGGGGAGGCGACGACCUCUUGGUGAGUGUCUGGACCUUGCUCAGAGAUUGGCUGUUGGUCUACUGUUCCGGAACGAGGAGGAGCUUCAGGAUCUGGCAGUCCUGGAUUCAAUCUCAAUUGAUGCGGUGGUUGCCAAGCGAUCCGCUGUUUCGUCCCACCUGGAGAACCUUCCCUAUGGAACCCUAAGCCCCGCCCGCCUCCUGGCGGCAUUUCACUGCGUCUAUGAGGCGGGCGAAGCCCGCCUGGCGAGACAGCUGGUACGCAAACUUCCUGCCGUUCUGUCACUGGGAAGAGUGCCGCUCUGCCCGCCCGACGCUGUGGUAGUGUGGAAUCUUCUGGAGCAGUGUAGAAACCAGCGGAGACAGUUCUGUCUGGACCUGGAGGACACUGGACUGAGUGUAUCUGGGCUCCGCCUACUGACAGGCCUCAACAUUAUACACUCAUACAGGGCGUGUAUUGCAGACACCGUCGCCAUGUGGGAGGAGUUAGAGAAGAGUGGGGAGGUGGAGCUUCUUAAAGGGACGGUGUCUAAGUUGAACAUUAACCCUUUCCGAGCAACACAGGUGUCCCACGUACAACACCUGGCUACACUUGUCAACAUACACAGAAAGAGAAGACUACCCGACAGCCAAUCAGAUAGUGUCCUGGAGGAUGGCAUACCUGCAGUCAGAGAUCUACACAAGCUGGAGUUUGAGCUGGGUCCAGUGAAUGGUCCUCUGGCGCUGCCUAAACUACUUGAGCUGCUGCCAGCCCUGCAAAGCCUUCAACACCUGGACCUAGAGAACAGUAAGUUGGGGGACAGAGGAUCAGAAUGCCUGGCUGAGGCUGUGGGAUCCCUCUACUCUCUGGAGAUUCUCAAUCUGUCUCAGAACCACAUUGGAGACCAGGGAAUAGGGAUGCUGGCUCCAGCUCUGUGUAACCUAACCUCACUGAACUGCCUCAGUCUGUACAGUAAUGUGAUAUCUGACGGAGGAGCGGAGAGUCUCGCUGCUGUACUGCCUCAGAUGACAUCUCUCAAUGACCUGGAUGUCAAGUAUAACAAGUUCACUGCUGUGGGAGCUCAGAGUCUGGGAUCCAGUCUCAGGAACUGCCCUUGGGUGAAGAGUUUGGGGUUAUGGAACCAGUGUAUUCCAUAUGGGGUGUUAGAACGAUUACAGGAGCAGGAUCCACGGAUACAGCUUCUCUAGAACAUUGUUCAAGCUGGAUCCACGGAUACAGCUGCUCUAGAACAUUGUUCAAGCUGGAUCCACGGAUACAGCUGCUCUAGAACAUUGUUGAAACAGGAUCCACGGAUACAACUACUCUAGAACAUGGUUCAAACAGGAUCCACGGAUACAGCUGCUCUAGAACAUUGUUCAAGCAGGACCCACGGAUACAGCUGCUCUAGAACAUUGUUCAAGCAGGACCCACGGAUACAGCUGCUCUAGAACAUUGUUCAAGCAGGAUCCAUGGAUACAGCUGCUCUAGAACAUAGUUCAACCAGGACCCACGGAUACAGCUGCUCUAGAACAUUGUUCAAACAGGAUCCAUUGAUUCAGAUGCUCUGGAAUGUUAUUCUAAGAGGACUUCUGGAUACAACUGCCUCAGAAUGUUAUUCAAACUGGACACACGCAUUGCAGCUGCUCAAGAAUAUUGUUCUAAAAGGAUCGCCUGAUACAAUGGCUCUACUUUAGAGCAUUAUUCUAAUAUUUUCUUUACAGAACUUGAGGGGUUCAGUCACUCUUAGGAAUAUUUUGUCAGGUUUCUGAUAUAUGAUUGCUUAUGGUCUCCCAACACGGAGGAACCCAUUGUAGAACCCAGUCCAGAACAUGGUCUUUUACAUUAUUUUUGUGUUGCUAAUUAUGGUUAUAGUCAACAGUUGGUUUGUGCUUCUGGACAGAGUACCCAUUGAUGCAGAACAUUGACUGAUGUCAUAAAGUCCCUAUGUAUCAGAAUGGAGCAAUUUGUCAGCCAAUUUGUUGCCUUGUGACCCAUCCUAAACCAGGCACAAUAGAAACACAUGGCAGCAGUGGCAUAUACAAACUUUGUAAUAGUUGUGUCCUUUUCAAAAUAUAAAUAUCACUGUUCUACAUUUAAAUCGUUUUCUAAUAAUAAAAGUACUACAACUUCAGGGAACUUACAAUUAUGAAAUGUGAAUACUUAGAAAAACACUAACUUAUGUAAACAUUUUGGAUUUCCUUAUAAAUUUUUCGGUAAUAACAAUAACAUUGGUCUCACAUAAAUUACUGCUAAGGUUGUCUGGUAAAAUGGCAUAACUGACUACUAUACCACAAACAACAAGAUGUCUUAUACACCACCGUUCUUAUACACACCAGCUUUCAGUCAAAUCAGCAUUCAGGAUUUGAACCAGUUUGUAAUUUCCAUUUCAUUCCAGUUGUUGAUUCUGCUACUGUUUGAACGACUGAUUUCUUGUGUUUUGUAUUUGGUCCUAAUCAUUGCUUUUUUAACCCUGGUUAGAAUAACAUAGCUAGCCCAGCUAGAUAUUGUUAGCCAGGCAAAUCAUUGUUGGAAGCAGACUGGAAGCAGAGAAUUACUUUUUGUAGUUAAACCUAAACUUUCUAAACUGGAAAAAGCUUGUGUUGGUUAAAUGUUUUUCUAGAUGUAAUUACAAACGUCAGGGCCAGUCUUGAUUGCCAGAGGGAGAUUUUUAGUUAACUCUACAGCAAUGCUAUUUAUCCAGUGCAGACAUUUGACUUGGGUGAGAGAAUGAGCCUUAGUCUGAUAAAAGUCAGGAGUUAACCAAUAUGCUGAUUAUGCAUACUAAUAUUUCAAGGACACUGUAGCCAAUCACAUUAUUAGCUGACUAUGUCAGUUAAGACGGCUCAGCUAUCCAGGGCUAGCAGAUAACCUUCCCCCUCAAAAGUAAGGUAUAUAAAACUGAACUAUAUAUUGUAUAGCUUCUCUGCCAUAUUACUGUGGCAUUGAAAGUGAAUCCUGUCUCCUUCAUAAGUGAUGCAUUUUUUGUGGGGCCAAGUUCUACUUUUAAGUGGCUUGGCUUUUCAGAAAUGGUGGCAGGUGGGAGUGUGGGCUGUUGGAUGUCAGAUGCAAUUCUCUUCUCUUGCUUUGAGUCCAUGAAUGUAUCUUUCCAGAAUCUAUUCCCUUCUUUUAUUUGCACUGAGAUUUCAAUGUUACAUUUUUUGCCUUAAAUUCUCUUGAAAAUGUUUUUGCACUGAAUAUUAAUAGUCAGAAAAAGUAUAGUAUUUAAAUGUUUUUACAUUGUAGCUGUAUGGUACAACAAUGGUAGUCAAUGGUGUUGUCUAAAGAACCAAGGGUUAUACACAGCAAGAUCAGCUAGCUAACUGCCUCACUUGAUCAAGAGCUAAAAAUAAAUAUACUGCAGAGAAAAUGUACUACUAAAUAUAAUGUGUUUUGUUGAAAUGAAAAUGUACAGCUUCCCUCUAUGUUUCAGGUCGAAAUAUGACUCAUUGAACAAAACUAAACUGUUCAACACUGCUUUUUAUCAGCCUGGUGAUGCCUUUCAAAUAAGUGUUAAAGAGAAAUCUAUACUGCGCAAUAAAAACACUUCCUCAU